CUGGAUUCAGGCUUUUCAGAAUACUAAAACCCUUCUUCAAGAAAUCUCUAGUCUACGUGCAAUUGCGAUUCCGAGAAGAAAUGGCAACCAAACAACCAAAAUCGGCAACUGAAGACUUAAAGGUAGAUUUGUUUGAAGAUGAUGAUGAGUUUGAAGAAUUUGAGAUCAAUGAAGAGUGGGAGGACAAAGAAGGAAAGGAGGUGACACAGCAGUGGGAGGAUGAUUGGGAUGAUGACGAUGUCACCGAUGACUUCUCACUACAACUGAGGAGGGAACUUGAGAAUAACACUGGGAAGAACUAAGAUGGACUUUACUUUCACCGUCUUCGUUCAUCACUCCGCUCUGCCGAACUCCUGUUCGAUUCGAUUUUCUUUUCAGUGAAAAAGAAUGAACUAAUGAGCUAUAACUCUAUGCUUGGAUGUCCCUCUGGUGAGAACUUAAAAAUGCAGAAACUGGGUUUAUGUUUCUCUGAAAUAUAGAUAUCAAAUUAGCUGAUUGUGC